CGAGCUUACGUCAUGGAGGACCAUUUUCCACGUGGAAAAACAAAAAAAAAUAUAUGAAUUACAUUUAAUAUUCAACCAAAAAGAAACCAGACAAAAAUGAACGCAAUGAACAAACGAGCUUACUGGCCAGGCUAAGAAAAGUCGCCAAUUCAUCGCGGCAUUAUAAAACGAAAGCUUGGUUGAGAUCCCAUAGGCAUAAGAAUGGCGGAUGAGGUGAAGCUCCAUGGAAAUGGGCUAAGUCCGUUUAGUUGCAGAGUGGUCUGGGCUCUGAAGCUUAAGGGGAUCCCCUACGAAUUUGUACAGGAGAAUCUUCCCCACAAAAGUGCUCUGCUUUUGCACUACAAUCCAGUCUACGAGACCAUUCCGGUGCUCGUCCAUGCCGGAAACCCCAUCUGCGACUCCAUGAUCAUCCUCCACUACAUCGACGAGACUUGGCCGGAGAACCCGCUGCUCCCUUCCGAUCCGUUUCAGAGAGCUGCGGCUCGCUUCUGGAUCAAGUUUAUUGAGGAUAAGAUCCCUGUUCUUCGGGGAAUGCUUGUGGUGGAAGGGGAAGAAGAUAGGGAAAAGGUGAGAAAAGCGAGCUUGGAAGUGCUGCAGACGCUGGAAGAACAGGCGUUCGGCGACAAGAAAUUCUUCGGCGGAGAUGAAAUUAACAUGGUGGAUUUAGCCUACGGGAUUCUCGCGCGGUGGUUGCCGGUGUUCCAAGAGGUCGUCGGUAUAAAGCUCUACGAACCAGAUACAUUCCCUCGCUUCCAUGCUUGGGCGGAGAAUUUCCGGCAAGCCGCCGUCAUCAGAGACAAUUUGCCGGAUCACGCCCAGAUGGUGCCCCUGUUCAAGAUCCGGCGGGAGUACCUACUCCAAACUGCCCGGAAAUGAUUAAUGCGAUUUUCAAUUUGAUCUGGGUUUUUGGCUUUAUGGCUUUUAAUUAUUAUUUUGUUUUAAAUUUAUAUCUUAU